AUGGACCUUCAACAAUCAUUUGCUCAUCAUCUCUAUGUUAAAAGAGGGGGAAGACCCGCUGGAAGUUCUUUCAUAGAGUAUGAUACAAAAACCAUUACAGCAAGUCUACGGAAUUUUAUGAGAAUUAGAGUACAAGUGGAUGUCCGAAAACCUUUGAAGAGACGGAGGCGAUUACUGGUUGCUAAAUCGAAAGAAUUUUGUGUCAGUUUUAAAUAUGAAAAGUUAGAAACUUUCUGUUUCUUAUAUGGACAUCUAGGACAUGGAGGAAGCUUCUGUCCGAUUCGAAUGUAUCACGGGAGUAGAAAUUUACCAAUGGGAUGGGAUAUUUCGUUAAGAGCUCUUCCUCGGCGAGCGGUGGUAGGUAGGAGUCAUUGGCUUAGGGAUUCCGUUACAGAUUGGGGAGUAAUGGCAGGGUUAUUGGAAGAGUCAUGUUAUGCUGAAGUUAAGUUUUUGUGGGACUUGAAUAAGCAUCUUAAUAUUCCGGAGCGUCUUCAUGCUAUUGGUAAAGGUUUUAGUAGAUGGGCAAUAAGGAUUAGAAGGGAGAAAAAUGGUAAAAUGAUUUCUCUUAAAAGCAGAUUAAAUGCUCUUUACAACGCCCCUCCGAAUGACGAGACCUUGGAGGAAAUUAUUGAAGCUAAGCUAGAUCUUAAUCUGGAAAUAGAUAAAACUGAAAUGUACUGGGAACAAAGGGCCCGUUCUAAUUGGCUUAAGAAUAGGGAUCGUAAUACGAAUUUUUUUCACAGUCUUGAUUCUAACAAACGCCGCAUGAAUAAGAUCAUGAGACUUAGAUGUGAGGAUGGUUCGGUUAUUACUGAGGAAGAUGAGAUGAUGAAGAUGGCAGUCAGCUAUUUUAAGGAAUUAUUUACUAGUUCUCGGCAGAGGGAUGAUGAUAAUACGCAUGAAGGAGUUUCCUCAAGAAUAUCUCCAUCUAUGAAUGAACAACUAUUGCGUGAGUUCAAGGUGGAAGAAAUCAGAAAGGCUCUUUGGGAGAUGGCGCCAACUAAAGCGCCAAGAGUUGAUGGAUUUCAUACUAUCUUCUUUCAAAAGUUCUGGCACAUAAUCGGGCAGGAUGUAGCGAAGUUUUGUUUACAAGUCAUUAAUAGGGAGGCUUCACUUUAUGAAGUUAAUUCUACCAAGAUUAUUCUCAUUCUCAAAACGGGCAACUUAAGAGGGGUGAAAGUUUGUAGGGGGAGCCCUGCUGUCACUCACCUAUUUUUUGCUGAUGACAAUAUUAUUUUUGAUGAUGCAAACGAUACAGGAAGGCGGGUUUUGAUCGAUAUUCUGAAACGUUAUGAAACCGCAUCGGGGCAGAAUAUAAACCUUGAUAAGUUACAGAUUUUCUUCAGCUCAAAUGUCUCUGAUAUUUCUUGUAGUCAUUUGGUGCAGAUGUUAGGAGUUUGGCGAUUGCUAUGUAUGGAGAGAUAUUUGGAUCUCCCUACGAUGGUUGAGAGGAAAAAGAAUGAUGCGUUUCAACAUAUUUGUGAUAGGAUGAAGAUGAAAGUUCAGAGUUGGGGAGCUAGACUUCUUUCUCAAGGUGGAAAAGAAGUUUUUAUUAAAACGGUCCUUCAAGCGAUUCCUACAUACUCGAUGUCGUGUUUCCUGUUUCCUAAGACGUUGUGUACGAAGCUUGAAAGUAUCAUGAGUAGGUUUUGGUGGCAAAAAAGUUUGACUCGAAAUGGAAUGCACUGGUGUAACUGGGCUAAUCUCAAUAUCCCUAAAAAUUAUGGUGGUAUGGGUUUUAGGGAUCUUGGCAAGUUUAAUAUUGCCCUUUUAGUGAAACAAGGUUGGAGGUUAGUUACUAAUCCGAAUUCUUUAUUGGGACGUAUUUAUAAAGCUAAGCAUUAUCCCCAUACCUCGUUUUGGAAUGCCACUUUAGGCACUAAUCCGUCGUAUACUUGGAAGAGUAUUUUUGCAGCCAGAAAGGUUUUAGAAGAUGGUUUGGGCUGGAAAGUGGGAUCAGGUUCCCAAAUCUCAAUUUUGCAAGAUUGUUGGUUACCCCAUUGGGCAGGGGGAAAAAUUCAGGCUACUCCUGCAAACAGCAGAUUUGACAGAGUGUCAGAGCUUAUUGAUUAUUCUACUAAGUCCUGGAAAGUGGAUUUAAUUAGUAAGUGUUUUACCCCUUUGGAAGCUAUUGCAAUCUGUUACAUUCCUCUUUCGGUUUACAACUCUGAAGAUAGAAUGGUGUGGUUUGCUGAUAACUCCGGCAGGUAUACGGUUCGUAGUGGGUAUCGUUGUCUUGUUGGUUCGUGGGUUGAAGACACUGUGAAUACUGACUCUUCAGGAGUUUACAAAAAAAUUUGGGAAUUAAAUCUUCCCCCAAAGAUCAGAAUCAUUGUUUGGCAAAUUACAAAAGAUUAUAUUCCUACUGCUGUUAAUCUAUACAAUAGACGUAUUAGCUCUUCCCCAAGUUACCCCAGCUAUAGUGAAGCCCUGGAGAAUUUCAUGCAUACUCUCCUAGUUUGUGGACCUGCGAAAGAUGUUUGGCAAUCAAUGGGGGUUGACUGGUCAAAUUUCAAUGAGAGUAUGGAUUUUUGUACCUGGAUCAACUUGGUUUUUCAAGAUAGAAGGCAUGAUUUUGGUGAAAUUGCUACAACCACGGCCUGGGCACUCUGGCAAGCCCGAAAUAAACGCACAAUGGAGGGAAAGGGACAAUCAGCCCAAGAUAUCUGCUCUCUUACUUUCAGUAUUAUAAAAGAGAUGCGUGAGUUGAAAGAAAGAAUACCUGCUCUAGUGAACAAAAUGAAUCCCAUUUGGAUGCCUCCUCAAGAACAUUUUGUUAAGGUAAAUUUCGAUGCUGCAUUCAGAAUAACUCUUCAUCAGCCAUCUUCUGGUUUUAUUAUCAGAAAUUCUAGGGGUCAGGUGAUGGGAUACGGAACCAUUUUUAAUAAGUUUGUCUUGGAUUCGUUCACUGCUGAGGCUAUAGCCUGCCUUCAGGCUCUGGAUUUCUCUAGGGAUAAGGUUUUACUCAUGUGCAAAUGA